AUGGGCAUCGCAUCAGGAAUCGGCCACCUCUUCCAGUCGGUCAUCGAGAUGAUCCAGGGCCUCUUCGGCGCCAUCCUCUCCUUCUUCGGCGCCAUCCUCAACGGCAUCCUCAGCCUGUUCCAGGGCUUCGUCAACUUCGUCGAGGGCACCCUCGGCUUCGCCAUCCACAACUUCUUCAUCCUCGGCACCGUCGCCGCUGCCGUCUUCGCAUACAUGCUCUACACGCAGCGCCAGGGAACCGCACCCAUCAGCUCCACACUCAAGAACAAGAAGGCCGCCUAA